CAAAACCUAAAAAAAACUAUCAAACACUCACACAGACACCCACAAUCGAUCUCGAUCACUCUCUUGCGGUUCUAUUCAUCUCAAACCCAUAACCCCAAAUCUCUCUCUCUCCCUCUCAGUCUUCAUCAGUCUUAUUCCAAGUCUCCACUCGGUCUCUAUCAAUCUCACCCUAAGUCUUCGUCCAGUCUCUGUCUGCUCUUGGCCUCUAUCUAAAGGUCUAUUGUGUGUGCAGGUUCAUUUGUUGUUGUUGAGAUUGUGUUUUGGCUUGGGAUUUUAGGUUAUUGAGAUUGUGUUUAGUUUUUAGUUUCAAAUUUGAUAUUAAUGGGUUCUUGAGAUUGUGUUUCUAUGCUUAAAUUGUUGAUUUUAUUUUCAAAUUAGUGGGUUAGUGGAUUUCUCACUGUUCUUCAUCACCCUGCCCUCUCUCGGUCAUUCUCAGUCUCACCCCAACCCCUCACAGUUUCUCUCAGGUUAGUGAGUUUUUAGUUUUUAGUUUUAUGGGUUCUUGGUAUUGUGUUGUUGUGCUCACAUUGUUAGUUGAUAAUAUUAUUAAUUUUUUAUUAUUACUCUAUUUUAAAUAUCUGGAUUGUUAUUUCUUGAUCAAUAACUUUAUAAGAAUUAAGAGGAGUCCCCACCAUUAUUUGAACUGUAAUUAUGCAUAUUCUUUAUUUUAUAUUGUUAUUGGUUUUUCUUUUUUUUUAAAAAAAUUAUGAUUAUGAAAGUGAAGGGAACCCUCAUGUUCUCAUCUUUGUUUACUGUUUAACUAAUUAAUAGUGGGAAUCUUAUACUUCAUUAUAUCCGGAUAAUGGCUUUGUGAUCAAGAAUUGGCUUUUGUAGAGCUUCAUUAGCUAACACAACAUUUCUAUCAACUAGUUCCAAUUUAACUAUUUAAAUGUCAUGUGAAGGUCUAGUAACUUCAUAUUAGCGCCAUAACACUAUGUGUUUUGUAUUUUGAUAUUGUUAAAUAAGCAUGCACUUAAUAUGUCAACUAUUACUCCUUAUUUUUUACUGUACAAUAUGAUUGUGGAUUGAAGGAUUAUAACUAUUGAGUUUUUAAUGGCAAUGUUUAAGUUUAAGGUUGAAUAAUAUGUAUUGAGUCAUUUUACUAAUAUAUUGAGAUAGGUAAUUAUAAAUAGAAUUCUCUAAUUUUUUGGUUAAAAUUUUUUAUUGUCUUGUAUUUAUCACUUUAUACUAAUAUAUUGAGAUAGGUAAUUACCUGCAUAAUCUACAGGUUCACUACCUGCAGAAUUUUGCAAGCAAUUGAACUUGUAGAAUUCUGCAAGUAAUUGAACCUGCAGAAAUCUGCAGGUUUCUGCAGCUAAUUGAACCUGCAGAAUUCUGCAGGUAGUGAACCUACAGAAAACUGCAGGUAGUGAACCUGCAGUUCAGAACUUUUAAGGGAAUCAUCAGGCCUUGAGAAUUGUUGCUGCAACUUCCUCUACCUUGAGUCACCACGUUUUGUUUCAAUAAUUGCUUUCUUCUCUUCUACUGCAGGUUAUUUUAUUUAAUUUAUGAAGAACAUCUCUAUUUCAAAGGAGACUCUAUCAAACUCUUAAUAAAUUUGUAACAACUUAAUUGUCAAAUUAGUAUUAUUAAUACAUUGGUUACAUGAUUAGAAGUAGACAUAUUGUAAGUGACUCUCAUAACUUGAAUAUGAGAACACCUUCUACAUCUGAAGGAGAUGAGCAUUCGAUGCCACAGUGAUAUCCUUUGAUGCACUCAAAUGCUGAACUGACUGAGCAAGAGAUUACACCUACUAGCUCAAAUGGUUCACAUCCCAUCUCUUCGAUUGAGUCUUUAGUGCGAGAUCGAAUUGAACUACUUGAUGGAAAUUGGUUUAAAGAAUGCUUUGAUAUUGAGGGUGUCAACUGGAAAGGUGUCUCGCAAGCAACAAAAGAUUUUUAUUGGAAAGAAUUCAAGUAUUUUUGGGAUUCCACUAUUGAGGCAACGAUAAAGGCUACAUGGAAAGUAAAAGUAGUAGAGCGGUAUAAAGACAUCAUGGAGGAUCUAAAAAGUACAAGAAACAUCCCUGCAUAUGUGAGUGAGGAAGCAUGGAAAUUAUGCGAACAAUAUUGGAAUGAUCCUAAGGUCAUUCAACAGUCACAGCGAAACUCAAGGAAUCGUCAUGGUGUCAUAAAUGGUCUUGGACCAUUUACACAUGCAGGUGAAUCAAUAUCAUAUGUUGAAUGGUCUGAAAAACUUGAUGCUAUUGUGGCUAGCAGGGAGGAGCUCUCACAAUUUAAGACUGAUAGCAUUGAUGAUAAUCAAAUUUAUUUGGAUGUUGUGGGAGGGGACAAGAGGAAAAAGGUGCAUGAGUUGGAGAAGCAAAUUGAAGAUGAAAGACAAGUUACAUCAAAUCGUCUCGAUCAAUUACAGUUGGAUUUUGAUUCGAAGAUUGACCGAAUGAGAAGAUUUAUGAUGGAAGAGAUUACCAUAUUACUACUUAGAGGCAAUUCAACUCUAUUUCCAUCGCCACAAAAUUGACUUAUGAAAUAAAAGACAACAGAGGACUAUAUUUUCCACUGCCACAAAAUUUACUUAUGAGAUAGAGAUAAUAGAUGACUAUAUUAGAUAUCAUUGCAUUUUUAUUACUGCUCUUAUGUAUGGAUUAUAAAGUUUAAUAUUGUAGGCAUUAUCUUUAGUAAAUGAGUCUUGAAUGAGUUUAUUUUGUUGUGA